AUGAGAUAUUUUUAUAUGAAUUUAUAUAAUAAAUAUUUAAUUAUUAGUAUGAUGUACGCAAUUUGCAUGGUAGGUAGAAUCAUUGGUGGAAGUUCUCACGUCGUAGUCGCAGCUUCCUCUACGUGGAAACAUCGGGGAGUUUGA